AUGUCCAACUUGAAAUCACUUAUGAAAAUGUCUCAAUCAUAACUUGCUUCUAAAUGCUUGGCUCUAGAAGAAUUGUUGGAGAGGUACUAUUAAUUUGAAACAGCCUAUUACGACUUACAAAGCAAAUAUCAAAUCUUAUUAGAUAAAUAUGAGAGCAUUUGUAAAAAAGGCUAGUAAGCAAAGGACAUUGAUGUGUCUGAAUGGCAAUUAAAUAAGAAAAACCAAUCUGAAAAUGAAAUUGGAGACAGAAUUGAAAUUUAUGCUUUGGAGGAUAUUGAAACAAAGCAUUUUAUUUAAAGUCUUUAAGACUAAAAUUUGAGAAUGUAAGAAUAAUUAAAAUAAAACUAAAUUGAAUUUGAAAUGUUGAAAUUUAAAUUUGAUCAAACACACUCCUCUCCAGAAUUAAAUAAUUAGGAAGGUAUCAUAUCUACGUUGAAGAGUGAAAUAAGUCGGCUUAAUAAACUAGUUUCAUCGCUCAGAUUAGAUGUCAGUAAUUUCAAAACAAGAGAAGUCGAUGAAAAUUGGCUCAGGUAACAAUUGAAUAAUGAAUAAUUAUUGAAUCAAGAAAUAAUAUUAAGUCCCUAAUAUGAAUCAAAUGAAGUAGCUGAGUUUUGA